UUUCUCUAGGUUUCUUGUGGUGGCAAUUUGACGUAGUGCGAAUGGCGGUUUCUUGUAAUGUCGCAGAUAUAGAAUUUGACAAGAAAGAAAGUAAAAUUCCAUCUUGGUUCAGAUGGUGUCGUACAUCAAAUGAUCUUCUAAAAUCUGCGGAGCAAAAAUUGCUAUCACGAAUAAAAAGCAAUGUCGAGGCUUUUUUCGUGCCCAUUUUCAAUGGAUCUUGCUACAUUAGAACCUUCGUUUUCCGAAGUCAUGAGUCCUCUCAAGAAUCGUCCACAGGUAAACACAUUGAUGCGGACCGAGUCAUUCCUAUUGUGUUGAUUCAUGGAUACGGUUCUGGAUCCGCUCUUUGGUGUAAAAAUAUUGAUGCUCUCGCCUUUUAUCGCCCUGUGUAUUCCAUGGAUGUUCUGGGUUUCGGACGAAGCUCUCGACCUUCUUUCCCGGUAGACGCCAUCGCAGUAGAGGAGAAAUGGGUCAAGUCUAUUGAAGAGUGGAGAUCUUCAUUAAACUUGGAGAAGUUCAUCUUACUUGGUCAUAGUUUGGGUGGCUUCUUAGCCUGCUCCUAUGCACUUAAUCACCCUAACAGGAUUGCUCAUUUGAUCCUAGCAGAUCCUUGGGGUUUUGUCGAGGAUCCUCUUAAAGUCAAAGUUCAGUCGAAUAAAAGUGCCGGUGAAGCAUGGAUUUCCUCAACUUUACGUCAUCUAUCUGGUCGCUUUUAUCCCUUGUCCUUCCUCCGUGCUGCCGGGCCUUUCGGGCCUAGCCUGAUACACUAUUUUCGUCAAGACCUAAGAAGGUUUUUCGACCAAAGACCGAUUCGCGCUGGAGAGAUGAUAGAAGUAUCUCGACCAGAAAAAUCUGAAUCCUUCCAGAAUAUUUCUCACGAUAAUAACAUUCAGUCAACGAACGGUGAAGAUGAUGUUUUCGAGCCCCCGUCUCUGAUUCAUAAAACAGUGCAGGCUAACCGGACUGUCUCUGAUAAAUCUAGUUCCGAUACAUUGGAUUCCAUUGAUUUCGAAGCUCUGGAUGGUUCUGUAGCUUUGGAUUACGUCUAUCAUAUUAACUGUCAGAAUCCAAGUGGUGAAAUAGGAUUCAAAUCACUAUGUGGUUCAGUUGGCUGGCCUCAACGCCCAAUGUUAGACAGAAUUGGACAACUUGAUCCUAAUGUUCCCAUCACCUUUAUAUAUGGUUCUCGAUCGUGGAUUGAUUUAUCAUCAGCAUAUAAAAGUCGUGUGUUGCUUCCCACUUCGUACGUAGAUGUAAAGGUAAUCGAAGGAGCUGGACAUCAAGUGUAUGCACAGAUGUCUGAAGAAUUCAAUGCUUAUGUGAAUAUGAUUGGACACCGUGUUGACAAUGGUGAUUCAUUCACCCCGGAAGUUUAUAACUCAAAUCCGGACUGCACGAAAACUGCAUCCAUUAAUGUUACGAAUAAAACCAUCGAAAAUGUAGAGUCUCAUGGUAGCAAUUCUUCCACAAAGGGAUACAAUAGCCGAAGUCGCCGUAAGCGUUCGUCCGGUUCGUCACUUCAAGGCGAUACUUCACAGCACGCUCAAACUAAUCGUUAUAUCCAAGACAGUAGGUAUGUUUUGCAAAACGAAGAAGCAAGUGACGAAGCGUCUGACUAAUCAGGCCUAUUAUUCGUUAUUAGGUAUGCAAUAUUUUCGCCGCAAUCGAGGUUUGUCUCGCCAAAAGAUUAGAUAUGACGCAAAUUUUUUAAACUGUAAACUACUUACUAACGUAUGUCAUAAAAUACAAUAACAAAACUGUUUUCACAAUGUUUAAGUCAUUUUAAUUCAAGUGUUUAUCUUCUGGUUUCUUCACUGUUUUCUUCAUUUUAUGCUUUAAUUUUUGAUCUUUCAUUAAUUUCAUUAAACUUUAACUGUCGCUGCUGACAUAAUCAGUUCAACUAGGGACAUUUGCUGCUCGAUAAUAAUAAUAAUAAUAAUAAUGACAUGUAAGAUUCAUAAAUGUUUAUUACUUAUUUCAGGUAACUAUAAAGCGAUUUGUGAUAAUGAAAGAGUUAAAUGCAGAAUAAUUGUUGUUUUUUGCUUAGAAUUAGUUCUUUUCAGAGUAUAAACAAUUCCUCUUAAUUCUUUCGGUCGAAUUGGUCAGAUCAAAAGUAUGUAUCAUUGAUAACGAUUACGCAAGAAAGAUUAUUUCCUCAUUCAUUUAGGUAUUAUUUUGUAUGGUACUUUUACUUUUUUACUAAUCAUUAAUUUUCAUGAUUUGAUAACUAUUUUUCAAUCCAAGUGUUAAUACGAUAAUAAAUCAUGUAGUUAAUGAACAGUAAUUUUUUUAUUAUGCGUGCAUCGCAGCCACUGAAGUAGUAUAAGUCGGGAAAAUGGAUACUGCAUUCAGUGUUUAG